AUGGAAGCACAGCGAGCUGUGUGUCCGGUGUCCAGUGAAUCAGCCGCCGCUUGCAGCUUCUCCGGUGGCUCCCCCGUCGUCGAGAGGCCGUGGUCAGAGAACGCCGGCGGCAAGGAGAAGCGGCCGCGCAUCGACGGCCGCCGCCGCCACCCGACGUACCGCGGGGUGCGCAUGAGGAGCUGGGGCAAGUGGGUGUCGGAGAUCCGGGAGCCGCGCAGGAGCUCGCGCAUCUGGCUCGGCACCUUCGCCACCGCCGAGAUGGCCGCGCGCGCGCACGACGUCGCGGCGCUCGCGCUGAAGGGCCGCGCCGCCGCGCGCCUCAACUUCCCGGAGACCGCCCACGAGCUGCCCCGCCCGGCCUCGGCUGCCCCCGACGACGUCCGAGCCGCCGCGGCGCUCGCGGCAGCGAUGGACAGCGAACCGGCCACGGUCGACGAUCAUGCCCCCCAGGUGGAUGUCACCGGCACCGGCAACGCCGACGCGCCCGCGGCGCCAUGCGCGCGUGCGCUUCCAGAUGGCAAUGACGACAUUGGAGAUCUCGAUCUCUUCGACUUGCCGGGCAUUCUCGUCGAGUUUGGCGUUGCGUUGCCGCCGUCGAUGAACAGCAAUGACGAGUUCUUGGACGACUUCCUCCUCGAAACGGCGCCAUUGCUGCUCUGGGAGAACUGA